AUGUAUGACGCAAUGGCACCGGAUACCAUCAUGAGGAUCGUUGGCACCAUGCCAACGAUCCUCAUGAUGGUGUCCGGUGCCAUUGGGUGCCAGGAUGUGGAAGUGCCUUGGUCUGCUACGAUUGUUCGGGUGCUGAUGCUUGCGGGGAAGGCAAUUGGAAUGAAAUCGAAUGCGCAGGUGAUCUACCAGAAGGAUUGGAAUGAAAUCGAAUGCGCAGGUGACCUACCAGAAGGAUUGGAAUGGUUCUGUGCAUCUAUGCGGGACCAGAAUGAUGUCCUGCAGAGACUCUCGUGUUACUCAGCGAACAUGGCAGACUGUAUUCUGUCAGGUGGCUUGCCCGGCAUCCCCGAAGGCUGGGUAGUAUGCCUUUGCUCGGGGGACCUCUGCAACGGCGGCGACCUUGGGACCUUCUGAACACCCAUUCAUCAUGCUGUCUUCCUCCACUACAGGGUGUUUAGUAUGAUAUCAAGAUAAAUAAAUAAAG